UGCACUAUGAGAGCCUCCAGAGCCAACUAAAACUUAUGUGUAUGUGUGGCUGCCUCUCUAUCACCCUUUCCUCUCUGACAUUCCUGUGCAGUUGAGGGAUUGAGUGCCUGGAUACAGACACAGGAGGCAACACACGGCGAGGGAGUGAAAGGGAAAUCUCUAUUCUGGGCUGUAGACUGGAAAGUGUUUGGAUAUUGUCCUCCAACUCCAACUUUGAGCACACUCUAAUUGUGCCUUUAUUUGAUCUGACUUCUUGAUAGCUGGACAUUUCAUCAAUAUACAGCAUCAGAAGCAUCACAAAGCAUUUGUCUGGCUGUGGAUUUUUUUUCUAUUUAAACAGAUCAAGUGAUUGGUCACAAAGACCAGAGAAUUGGUCCAUCAACGCAGGGGAUAUAGACAUAUAUUAUAUGAAUCCAGGAAUGAAGCAGAUAAAGAACAUAUUGGGGAAGCUGUGACAGCCCUGUCUCCUCCAUGAUGGCAGAACUGCAGCCCAGCACUAACAGUCUCCAGGUCCCAGAUGAGGACAGAUGCAGGUCUACAUCUCCAAACAGCUCUCCUUCUCCCUCCCGGAAUGAAUGCAGUAUCGCUCCUAUCACUCCCUCACCCUCUCCGAGGAGUGAGCUGAGGCCACGUGUAGCGCGUCCGUUUUCUGUAGUGGUGGCUAUUGAUUUCGGCACUACCUCCAGUGGCUAUGCCUUCAGUUUCACAGAAGACCCAGAGGUCAUCCAUAUGAUGAGGCGAUGGGAGGGUGGUGAUCCAGGCGUGGCCAAUCAGAAGAGCCCGACUUGCUUGCUGCUGACCCCUGACCUGCGCUUCCACAGUUUUGGCUUUGCAGCACGAGACAGCUAUCAUGACUUGGAUCCUGAGGAAGCUAGACACUGGCUCUACUUUGACAAAUUCAAAAUGAAGAUUCAUAGCACUAGCGACCUCACCAUGGUGACAGAGUUGGAGUCAGUGAGUGGAAGGAGAGUUCGUGCCAUUGAGGUUUUUGCACAUGCUUUAAGAUUCUUCCGAGAGCAUGCCUUAAAGGAGGUAAAGGACCAGUGUUCAUCUGUACUGGAAGGUGAUGAAGUGCGAUGGGUCAUCACUGUUCCUGCUGUGUGGAGACAACCAGCCAAGCAGUUCAUGAGAGAGGCUGCUUACCUGGCAGGCCUUGUGGCUAGAGACUCUGCUGAGCAGCUACUCAUUGCUCUUGAACCUGAAGCUGCUUCAAUCUAUUGUAGAAAGCUCCGCCUCCACCAGGUCAUUGACCUCAGCCAGAGACCAAUGACCAAUGGACUGGACGUGGACGGUUCCCGUCCCUUUGACUCCAGUUUUAGGCAAGCACGUGAACAGCUUCGCAGGGCCAGACACAGCCGAACAUUCCUCGUGGAGAGUGGAACCGGGGAACUGUGGUCUGAGAUGCAGACGGGCGAUAAGUACAUAGUGGCAGACUGUGGAGGCGGGACGGUGGAUCUCACAGUACAUCAGAUUGAACAGCCUCAGGGAACACUGAAGGAGCUGUACAAAGCAUCAGGAGGUCCGUAUGGUGCGGUAGGAGUAGACCUGGCUUUUGAGGCCAUGCUGUGUAAGAUAUUUGGGACAGAUUUCAUUGAAACGUUUAAAGCCAAGCGUCCGGCUGCCUGGGUGGACCUGACCAUCGCCUUCGAGGCCCGCAAACGCACAGCAGCCCCGAGCAGAACGAGUGCACUCAACAUCUCACUGCCCUUUUCCUUCAUCGACUUCUACAAGAGACACUGUGGCCAGAGUGUAGAGACAGCGCUACGCAAGAGCAAUAUGAACAUAGUAAAAUGGUCUUCUCAAGGGAUGCUGAGGCUUACAGCAGAGGCUACAAAUGAGCUUUUCCAACCUACCAUUGGCAAGAUCAUCAAACACAUCGAGGGCCUGAUGGAAAAGGAGGAAGUUAAGAAUGUGUGCUUUCUGUUUUUGGUGGGUGGCUUUGCUGAGUCUCCAAUGCUCCAGCGUGCAGUCCAGAAUGCACUGGGCCAUCGCUGCCGCAUCAUCAUCCCUCAGGAUGUGGGUCUUACCAUCCUGAAGGGGGCGGUGCUGUUCGGCUUAGACCCCACCGUGGUCCGAGUCCGCCGCUGCCCAUUAACAUAUGGUGUUGGCGUCCUAAACCGCUUUGUUGAAGGUCGUCAUCCACGUGAGAAACUACUCAUAAAAGAUGGCCGGCAGUGGUGCACAGACAUCCUGGAUCGCUUUGUUUCUACUGACCAGUCGGUGGCCUUGGGAGAGGUGGUCAGGAGGAGCUACACUCCAGCCAGAGUGGGCCAAAGGAAGAUUAUAAUAAAUAUUUACUGUUGCGCCAGUGAUGAUGUGGUGUACAUUACAGAUGCUGGAGUUAGGAAGUGUGGCACCAUAACAUUGGAUCUGCCAGAGCCGGAAACAGGUGCCAUCAACAACGGCACAAAUGGGGCAGAGCUCGAGCGCAGGGAGAUACGAGCCACCAUGCAGUUUGGGGACACUGAAAUUAAAGUGACCGCUAUUGACAUGGCCACAGGGAGACAGGUUAAGGCUUCUAUUGACUUCCUGUCUAACUAACCAAAUUUCCAUUGCUUUGAGGAACAGACAAUAAAGUAUAUGAACAAUUCA